AAAAAAAAAGGACUGGUAGAAAAACAAGAGUCACAAAAUCUCACGUGGCUGCCUGGGUAGCUGGCUGGGGAUGCGGAUAAGCCAACCCAACAACCGGCAGCGACCUCCAUAAUCCACCCCUACCUCUCACAACAUCGAAUUCCAGAUGCCAUAGCCAAACCCAAGUUUCAAAUGGAGGCUCGGAGAUUGGCCAUUCUCUAUUCUCAUCUUUGCCCCUUCCGUUCGCCUUCCGUUCCAUCCCUCUCCUCCAUCGUUUCUCCUUCCGCUUGCGCUCCUCAGAGCAAGGAAACCUUUCCACACGACUGCGUUUUCUGUCAAAUUAUUCGCGGUGAUUCCCCGGCUUUCAAGCUGUAUGAAGAUGAUAUGUGCUUGUGUAUAUUGGAUACCAGACCUUUGAGUCCUGGGCACUCUCUUAUUAUCCCAAAGUCUCAUUUUCCUUCCCUGGACACAACUCCGCCAUCUGUGGUAGCUGCGAUGUGUUCAAAAGUGCCUUUUAUUAGCAAUGCAAUCAUCAAAGUUACUGGUGCUGAUUCAUUCAACUUGUUGGUUAACAAUGGUGUAGCUGCUGGUCAAGUUGUAUUUCAUACACAUAUUCACAUAAUCCCCCGUAAAGCAGGUGAUUGCUUGUGGACUUCUGAGAGUUUGCAUCGGCGGACCCUAAAGGUAGACCAGGAAACGUCGGGUCUUGCGAAUCGAGUUCGAGAAUUGCUGCUAAACAUUUCUGAAGAUAACAAGGAUCAAGUGUCUACUCUGUCUUGAAACUUUUGGGGGGAUCAUUUACAUAUAUACAGCUUUAGCUUUAGCUUAUGUACCAUAGAAGUAGAUAGUUCAUUCUUUCAAGAAUCUCGUCGGUCCUUCGUAAUGGUGUGAUUUUGCUUGUUCAAGCUGGUAUGGAAGAUUGUUUCACUAUUUAAAAUGUAUUAAAAUUUUAAAGAACAUUUUGGUAAUAAAUUUUAAAUUUAACCA